CUCCGCGGUAACGGCUGAUCGUACCAUCGCGUGACCAUCGCUGUGGUGGGAUUCGUGCGUGUCCGCACUGUCGUCGUCGAUUCGCGCCGUUUUGCGCCGCUCGUUCGUCGUCAUGAGAUGACGACGCCGCGAUUUCGCCUACACCGGUUAACUGCCGCCUUUCCGAUCACGCGAUUGCCAUGAUUUCGACCCGCGAGUGAACGAUGCGAUCGUCCGUGCGGUAGAAACACACGCGCACGCCUCGUCCGACUCCGAGUCGACCGUAGAAAAAAAAAAAAAUGGCACAGGACACCGACGACAUCAACCUCACGCCGCAGGAGCUGCAGACACUGUCGGAGCUGGACAGUCGGCAGUUUGGCUUCCUCAAGCUGAAUUCUGCAGAGCAGACCAAGAAGAAGGCCUUAGUCGUGCGAGCCAUUAAAUACCUCGAACGAAUGCUCGUGCAAGCUCAGACAGAGAAACAGCGCAGGAAGGCUGACAACGCCAAGGCCAAUAUGGAGGAAACCAAGGAUGAAGAUGAGGAUAAGGGUAUAAGCAUCGAUCCUAAGACAUAUUGCAAACUGGGCCACUUCCACUUACUCUUAGAAGACUAUAACAAAGCAAUGUCAGCGUACCAGAAAUUCUACUCCUUGAAAGGUGAUUAUUGGAAAGAUGCUUCCUUCCUCUAUGGCCUGGGUUUGGUGUACUUCCACUUUAAUGCCUUCCAGUGGGCCGUGAAAGCGUUUCAGCAGGUGCUAUGGGUGGAACCAGGAUUCCCACGGGCCUGCGAGGUUCACCUACGGCUCGGCUUGAUGCUGAAGGUCCACGCUGACUUCGACGCCGCCUUGAAGCACCUGACCCUCGCCCUGAUCGACGCCACAACACCUGCUUCCUUUUCCAAGCUCGAAAUCAAAUUCCACAUCGCACACUUGCAUGAGGUUCAGGGCAAGUAUCGUUUGGCCAAGGAGCACUACGAGGCCUUGCUGAAGGAGAAGGCUCUGCCGUUGCAUUUGAAGGCCGACAUUUGCCGUCAACUGGGAUGGAUGUACCAUGUGGUUGACUGCACAGUAUUGGGCAUAACGAGACAGCAGAAGCAAACCUUAGCUAUCUUCUGCUUGCAAAAAUCCAUCGAUGCUGAGCCGAAGAGUGGACAGAGUCUGUAUCUGUUAGGACGUUGUCUGGCGGCGUCCGGGAAAAUUCACGAUGCAUUCGUCGCGUACAGAAAUUCCGUCGAGAAGUCGGAAGGGAACGCCGAUACAUGGUGCAGCAUAGGGGUCCUUUAUCAGCAGCAGAACCAGCCGAUGGACGCGUUGCAGGCCUACAUAUGCGCGGUUCAAUUAGACAAAUCACACUCGGCCGCUUGGACUAAUCUCGGCAUAUUGUACGAGAGCGUUAGUCAACCAAAAGACGCUCUGGCCUGUUACGUCAACGCAUCCAGGGGUAACAGCAACGCAGCGAAUUGCACGGGUCCAUUGGCGGGCCUGGGUGGCGUCAAGUCCGGCGGCAACACUCCGAUGAACCCGUCCCUCCAACAGCGCAUCAACUUUCUGCAGAAUCACCUAAGUCAAGGACCACCAAUGCCUUCCGUCGCUACCAAGAGGCGGCAAUUGCCGUCGAUCGAAGAGGCCUGGAAUUUGCCGAUCAGCGCGGAGAUGUCCAGUCGGCAACAGCAGCAACAGCAAGCACCGGGCGGGCCUUCCUACAAGUACGGCACUGCACCUUCUGGACCGCCGCCACCCUACCCUCAGGCCCAGGCCCAAGCUAAGCGAUUCAAGCCGGGCGAGGAAGCGAUAUCUGCGAGCGCGCCGCAGCGGCCACCGCCGUUUUACAUGUCGCAGCAGCAGCUCCAGACGCUUCACCUCCUGCAGCAAAAUCACGGCAAUCUGACGUCGCAGCAGCAGAUGCUGCUGGCCCAGCUGCAGCAUCAGUACCGGGCGAUGCAGCAGCAUCAGCAGCAGAUCAGACUGCAGCAGCAGCAGGCGGCGCAACGAGGCCUCAGGCCCGGUCAGCCCGGUUAUCCCGCCGGUUACGGCCAUCCUCAGAUCACCGGCCAGGCCGGCGUUAUUAAGAACUACGGGAUACCGCAGCAACCGUUGCAGCAAGGAGGCACGGUCGCGCUUCAAACCGGCUUCUCCGACUCCAACGUCGGCUACAGCGCGGCAGCAACCGGCAACACGCAGACACCAGGUAUGCCUUACAAAUCCGCGUCGGAUCCGAAUUAUCCUCAACCGCAGCCUCAACGGCAGCAAAUCGGCGGCGGCGGCGGCGGCUCGCAGUACGGCCAGUAUCAGCCAAAUCAGUACGCCGCUCAGGGCUACACGCAGAUCUCGUCGACGACGAGCAGUUAUCCGGAGGGGUCAGCGGCGAAUAAAGACCUGGGCGUCACAGAUCAGGAGCUGCAAGCGCUGCUCUCGCAGAAAGACAUCGCUACGUCUCUGGCGGAGGACCUGCUCAAGCACUUCGGCUCGGAGGACCUGGACGUGAAGGAGGAGCCGCCAGCCAACAUUAUGAACAACAAUGGCGCUCUCAGUUCCGGUCCGUUCUCGCCGUCGAAUCUUGAGGAUAACGCGGACAAGGCGAAGGAGGCGGUGAAGCUGGAGAAACCUGAGGAGGCCCAGCCGUCGUCGAAGACGGCCGAGGCGUACGAGACGAACGACGUGAAGCCGCCGGCGCUUUCGGCGUCGUCGGCGCCACCGACGGAGACGGUAAAGUGCGAGCAGACGACGACGAGCAAGAACGGCGAAUCGGCUCCGAAAACGGAGCCGGUGCUGAAGCUCGAGAGCCUGUGCGAGUCGCAGCCGGAACUGGAGCUGAGCAUCGACAUGGACGCGAAGACGGUCGUGGAGGCGUGCCGCGGCCAGGGGGUGAACGGUGUGCCGAACUGCUCGAUAUUGAGCGACCGUUCGCCGCCACCGGCCCCGCCGGAGCCGCCGAGUCAACGGUUGACGAGAGAGCAGCUGUUACCGCCCACGCCUAGCGUUUACCUGGAGAACAAGAAGUGCGCGUUCAGCCCGCAGCUGCAGGAGUUCUGCCUGAAACAUCCGAUCGCUGUUGUCCGUGGACUUGCCGCCGCGCUCAAGUUGGACCUGGGUCUGUUCUCAACCAAGACGCUGGUGGAGGCGAAUCCAGACCACGGGAUCGAAGUGCGCACGCAAAUGCAGCAACCUAGCGACGAGAACUGGGAUCAGCAGUUCACGAAGAAGGUGUGGAACUGCAUCAGCCAUCGCAGCCACACCACGAUCGCCAAGUACGCGCAGUAUCAGGCGAAUAGUUUUCAAGAGAGCCUGAAGGAGGAGCGCGAAAAGUCGCAGGGUGUGCACACGUCAAACCUGUCCGAUUCCGACUCGAAGGACAGCACCGGCCAGAUCACGAAGCGCAAGAAGAACGUCGUCGGUCUGGCCGGCAGGCAGGGCUCGAAGAUGCUGCGCUUCGGCACGAACGUUGACCUGUCGGACGACAGGAAGUGGAAACCGCAGUUGCAGGAGCUGAUGAAACUUCCCGCCUUUGCCAGGGUUAUAUCAGCCGGCAAUAUGCUCAGUCAUGUGGGUCACGUGAUCUUAGGAAUGAAUACUGUACAGUUAUACAUGAAGGUACCCGGCAGCAGGACACCUGGCCACCAGGAGAACAACAAUUUUUGCUCCAUCAACAUCAAUAUCGGGCCGGGCGAUUGCGAAUGGUUCGCCGUACCUGACGCCUAUUGGGGCGUCAUAUGCUCGUUAUGCGAGCGCAACGGCAUCAAUUACCUGCACGGCAGCUGGUGGCCGUCCCUGGAGGAUCUGUACGAGGAGAAUAUUCCGUUGUACAGGUUCGUGCAACGACCGGGUGAUUUGGUUUGGGUGAACGCAGGCUGCGUGCACUGGGUGCAAGCGGUCGGCUGGUGCAACAAUAUCGCAUGGAACGUCGGCCCUCUCACAGCCAGGCAGUAUCAGCUCGCCAUCGAGCGCUACGAGUGGAACAAGCUGCAGUCGUUCAAGUCCAUCGUGCCGAUGGUACAUCUGUCGUGGAAUCUUGCCCGCAACAUCAAGGUGUCGGAUCCGCGUCUGUUCGAGCUGAUCAAGAAUUGCCUGUUGAGAACUAUGCGACAAUGCUGUCUUAUACUGGACUUUGUGAAGAGCAAGGGUGUGGAGGUGCGUUUCCACGGCCGAGCCAAGAACGAGGCUUCUCAUUAUUGCGGACAGUGUGAGAUCGAAGUGUUCAACAUUUUGUUUAUCCGGGAACAGGAAAAACGGCACGUUGUUCAUUGCAUGGACUGUGCGAGGAAACAGUCUCCGUCCUUGGAGGGAUUCGUAUGUCUGGAGGAAUAUCGUUUGCGAGAACUUAUGGACGUCUAUGACGGUUUCACUCUGCACGCGUCGCCGACGACCUCCACUUCGACGGCGUUGUCCACGCAGACCAACGCGCAGUCCUCCUGAGGUUACAUGCAGCACAGAUAUUUGGACUUUCUGGGCACGCUGUCGCAGUGACGGCCCGGACAGUGCGAAUUCUGUGUUUCGGUCGACGAGAUACGACAAGACACUUCUUCUUACGAUAAGCAUUAUCCAUGUACCUGAGAGCUACUCUAAACGAGCCGGGGCCGACCCGGCGGCUCCUGUGGGCGUCAGGUGACACCACGGUAAUACCGGUCGAGUGAACUCGAAGCGAUUUCACGAUCGUUGGGGGAAACGUCGACCGAGUUUCGUGGCGACUGUCGCGGCAGCCUCGAGUCGAGUUCCGGCGCGAAGAGAAGGGAGGGACCCCUCGCGUUCGAGAAGCAAUUCCGAGGACGUGGCUCGCGCGAACCACAAGUUAGUUAGCGCCGUUUGUACAAAAUGAAAAAUCUCGUUAGCUCGCUACUUGUAGAGAUCGUCGUGUAGUGGUCGCCGUGGAUUUUCCUCCUCCCCGCCUUGUAAAUACGCAACGGUGACCACGACAUUUGUAUCGGUAUAGCUCUCGGGUAUUGGUGAGUAAGAAUCGAGGGAAGACUGUCCGCGAGAAGGACGCGCGUGAAACGAAGAAAAUUGUAGAAUGUGAAAGGAAGAAGAAAAAGGAGACAACACGAGAGAGGCUCGCGACAUCGUCGUGCGACGGUUUCCGCGUUCGCGCAUUCGACUAAUCGGUUACCGCCCGUGUCUGACCGGGUUCUUCGUUAUCGUCGUGAUCUUGAAUUAAUCAUUUGUGAUUCGGUAGCAUAGAACACACACUUUACGACAAACGCGUCGCGAUAUUUAUUUUAUUGAAAUCAUCUUUUUUUCUCUCUUUGUUUUUUGUUUUAUCUACGCGAUUAGUUCCAUAACGUGAGGAAGUACAAGACUACGUGUGCGAAGAGGAUGACGCAGUAACGCGAUUCACUGCCACUUGCGAAGAAGACACCGAAAGUGAGAGAGCGAGUAUGAGAGAGAGAGAGAGAGAGAGAGAGAGAGAGAGAGAGAGAGAGAGAGAGAGAGAGAGAAAAGAAGAGGGUUUGUUCGCUCUGUAUACGUGUGUGAGAAUCGCGCCGACGAACAAUCGUUGAUUAAUCAUUAGGGAUACACGCGCUGGCGACUGCCGAGACGCGGAACUGCUCAAACUAUUUGUACAUUUUUGUAUACAAGUCGGCGUCGAGAUUAAGGGAGAAGAGAGAGGAAAUUAACGAGGGAUGCCGUUGGAUCAUUGAACGAUUUUUACUGCCAGUCGUACGUUAUCUCUCGUCCUCGACGAGACGCGUUUAUAAUCUCUUAAUCGCAUAUAUAGUGCGAAAAUCGAGCGCGUUGAAAUUUAAUCAUUGUUAUUUUUACGAGAAUCGAAUCCUCGAUUCUCCCUAUCGAGAGGCUCUUCUUUUGCGUGCGGAAUUUUUUUAUCCCGCGACGACGCACCCGGGACGAAGAGUUGACAUGAGAAGAAGCGUGUGUUGUCAAUCGUGUCUCACAUGCAACGAGAUCUCUCCGAAAUCGCGUCAAAUUUAUACAUCAAUUUAUCGAUUAUAUUAAAUACAGUUUUAAAAACAAAUACUCUUCCAAAUUUUGCCGCGCUGUUCAACAGCGACUUUUUUCCGCGUGCGUGAGGAAAAAACGACAAUUCGCGAUCCGUGUCAGCGAUCCUCGUGGGAUCCGGCUGAGAAAACGCUCGCAGGGCGAUGACACGAAAGAGAGCAAGGUGAAAAAGGAAAGAGUUAGAGAAAUAGAGAGAGAAAGAGAAAGAAAGAGAGAGAGACAGAGGAGAAGAGAAUGAGAGAGCUUCUGAUCAGGUAACCGUACUUUAAGUGAACAAACGUACCUUCACUCAGUCUCGUCAAUUGACUUCGGCGCUCUUCAGCCGAAGGACACAACGUGCCAGAGCGAUUACAAUACCGCCACCUUGUAUAUUAACGUAACGGGGGGACUCGGGUAUCGAGAGUGAGACUCGUCCGCCGUGAUUGAAUCGCGUAUCGACACGUGCAGAGCGAGCGAGUGGUCGGUAAAACAAAAUCGGGAGAAUUAGCGCGGAUAUUCCCUUUAGAUUUGAAAGCGAAGGAACACGCGCAAUUUGGACGAUUCUAAUGUGCGCAUUCUCAACAUUCCGACAAUUAAGGUAAUUGCAUGAUUCAGAAGAUAGGAUCGUUUUAUCUAGUGUCGACAAUUAACGUAAGCCGAACGGGAAUAGCUUUGCACCGAAAACCGAAGCGUUUGACGGAGAGAUGUAUUCAGGUGAUUUUUUAUGACGAAAUUUGCGCACUAAUAACUGUGACAGGGUGACUCAUUGACCGUUCCCUUCUUUCUCUCUGAGAGAGAUCACGCCGUCCGACUUUUAUAUUUUUACGUCCGAAAAGUGAUGACGACCCCGCUUGUUACUCGGAAACUACUACUGCCCUUUUGACACUUUUAGGAAAGCUCGAAACGCUUUUACGCUAAACCCCGUAGCGACGAACAUUCCAAAUUCGUCGGGGAAAUUAACUGGUUUCACAUCCACGCGCGAGAGAAUCGCCGUACACUCUGCACGCGUCGUUACACCGAUAGUCCGGAUCGGCUGAUUCUCCGUUCGCUUCUCCGUAGUAAUAUCAUAUCCGCGAUAUAUCUUUGAUAUACUGUUCAAAAGGGGACAGAGGGAAUCUAUUUAGCUAAACUCAUACAGUGUCGCGACUCUCGUCACUCGAAAUCGGUCGAUCCGGACCUUCUCUCUCGUUUCGACCGACGGAUCGCUUUUCAUUCUCGACUCUUCUCAUCUUCUCCCGCCCCUCCCACGAGGGAGACAAUUAUUUUCGCAAGGGCGAGACGCGGGGGAGGGGCACAAAGUAGUUAACUCUUCGCGUUACGCGAAGGAGAGAAACGGGAGAUCACAUCGGCGAGAGAGAAGAGAUAGAGGCGAUGUGUAUUUUUGAAUAUCCUAGAAGCGCUAGUUUCAGCAUUACGCGAGUAGUUUCGACGAAUUAAGCAAACGAGCGAUUAAGAAAGGGAAAAACUAAAAAAGAAAAAAAGGCAAGAAAAGAAGAAGGAAAAACGAGCCACGUUUUUCCUUUGUUAUUUUCUACCAGGAGGGAACCGCCGUAAUUUCGCUGAGUUCGGAUUUCGAUACCGCGCAGACACGCGUCAGUGACGUGACGGAAAGCAAAUUACACCGACGGAAGAACGAUUGUAUUCAGAGCUAUUAUUCAAAGGCUGAUCUUCGAUCUGAUCUUGAUACUCUUUCGAUAUAAACUGUGAAACCGACAUCAUUUCAUUCAAGAGCAGCCUUCACAAAGAUCAAGUUAACGCACAAUGUGAUUGCAUCGAGAUGUCUCGAUAUUUUUGAUGUUAUUAUUAUAGUAACAUUGUAAAUAAAAACAUCUGAAUCUGAA